AUGGAGCACCUGCAGCUAGAUCUGGCGGCCGCCCCGCUGCGAAUCCUCGCGGCCAGGAACGAAAAGAGCCGUAGCGAGCUCGGCAGGUUCCUGACGAAACAGGUAUGGACUCAGCAAGAUCGUCAGAGUAUUCUUAGUACUUUAUCACAGCUACUUCUGGAUAAAGAAUGUACUGUCUUAAUUGGUCGUCAGCUUCGGCCUAUUGUCUUGGAUUUGCUGGAAAGGAACCGUGAAGCCAUCCAGGCUGGAGGACAGAUCAACCAUGAUCUGCAUGAAAGGUUGUGUGUGGCCAUGAGCAAACUUAUCAGUAGCCAUCCUGAUGUCCUUCCGUUUGCCCUGAGAUAUUUUAAAGGCACCUUUCCAGUUUUUCAGAGACUCUUUCUGGAAAGUUCAGAUGCCAAUCCUGUUCGCUUUGGGCGUCGGCGGAUGAAAUUGCGGGACCUAAUGGAAGCAGCCUUCAAGUUUUUACAGCAAAAUCAGUCUGCAUUUCGGGAGCUUUGGGACUGGAGUGUGUGUGUUCCACUUCUUAGGAGCCAUGACACUUUAGUUCGCUGGUAUACUGCAAAUUGUCUUUCUUUGAUUACAUCAAUGAAUGAGGAGCACAAAUUAUCCUUCCUAAAGAAGAUCUUUAACAGUGAAGAACUGAUACAUUACAGGCUUAAAUUGUUAGAAGAAGCACAAUUACAAGAUGUAGAGAAGGCCUUGGUUUUGGUAACUCCAGACACUGCUCUUUGGCAAAGGGAGAAAGAACCACCACAUACACAAGGCCACAUCAUUUCUGGUGAUCUUUCAGCCCAUGUGACAGCAGUCUGUGGCGUGCUUCUUCCAAGGCAAUAUCCAGCACCCACUGAGCAGUGCAGUAAUAAUAAGCAUUCUUUAUUUGAACAGGAGGUUGUACCUCAGUCUUUUGUGCUGGUUGAGUCUGUUUCUAAAAAUCUCCAGAGCUUGGCUUUGGCUGUUGCUUCUCAGAGUGCUGUGUUGCUAGAAGGACCAAUAGGAUGUGGGAAAACAUCCUUAGUAGAGCAUUUAGCUGCCAUGACAGGAAGAAAGAAAUCACCUCACAUUCUAAAAGUCCAGCUUGGAGAUCAAACUGACAGCAAGAUGCUAUUAGGGAUGUAUCGCUGCACAGAUGUUCCAGGGGAGUUUAUAUGGCAGCCAGGGACUUUGACACAGGCUGUCACCAUGGGUCACUGGAUACUCCUGGAAGACAUUGACUAUGCUCCUUUAGAUGUGAUUUCUGUGCUAAUUCCUCUUUUGGAAAAUCGAGAACUUCUAAUUCCUGGUCGUGGUGAUUGUCUUAAAGUGGCUCCUGGAUUUCAGUUCUUUGCAACGAGGAGGUUGUUUGGCUGUGCAGGAAACUGGUACCGACCCCACAAUAGCCAUGCUACUUUGCUAGACAAAUAUUGGACCAGAAUUCACCUGGAGAACAUGGAUAAGACAGAACUGAAAGAAGUUCUUCAGAGCAAGUACCCUAGCCUGUCAUCUGCAACUGAUCAUCUGUUAGAUAUAUAUUUAAAACUUACUGGAGAUAAACAUCAGUCUAAGAGUAUCAACUACAAUGGAAAUGAAGAAGUACCUAUGGAUAUCUCAGAAGCCAGAGGAGAUGACAAAAGUCCAAGCCUUGAAGGAAGAGAAUUGUCUCUAAGGGAUUUACUGAAUUGGUGUAACAGGAUUUCCUACAGCUUUGACAGUUCUUCUUCAUCUACAUCACUCAAUAUUUUUCAGGAGGCUCUGGAUUGCUUCACAGCAAUGCUAUCUAAGCAGACAAGCAGAUUGAAAAUGGCAGAGGUUAUUGGGAGCAAGUUAAAUAUCUCCAAGAAGAAGGCUGAGUACUUCUGUCAACUUUACAAGCCAGAGAUUGUGGUAAAUGAAUUAGAAGUAGAAGUGGGCAGAGCUCGGCUACUGCGGAUGCAAAAUCCAGCUGUCCAGGUCCAGAGAGAGAAACUCACUUUUGCUGCUACUCGUCCAGCUUCUAUACUGAUGGAACAGCUUGCAGUGUGUGUCAGUAAAGGGGAGCCAGUCUUGUUGGUGGGUGAGACAGGCACUGGCAAGACCUCUGCUGUUCAGUACUUGGCUCACAUUACAGGUCAUCGUUUGAGGGUUGUCAACAUGAACCAACAGAGUGACACAGCAGAUCUACUUGGCGGUUAUAAACCUGUAGACCAUAAACUUAUUUGGCUGCCCUUACGAGAAGGUUUUGAGGAACUCUUUACCCAGACAUUUUCCAGGAAGCAGAAUCUUACAUUUUUGGGGCAUAUUCAGACGUGCUAUAGACAGAAACGUUGGCGAGACCUGCUCAAACUAAUGCAACAUGUACAUAAGUCAGCCCUCAACAAGGAAACAAAAACCAGUGAUGCAGGAUUACUGUUAAGAGAAAAGUGGGAAGCAUUUGGUCUGAAACUCAAUCAUGCCCACCAACAAAUGAAAAUGACUGAAAAUGCCCUACUGUUUGCAUUUGUAGAGGGUACUCUGGCUCAGGCAGUAAAGAAAGGAGAAUGGAUUUUACUGGAUGAGAUUAACCUGGCAGCCCCAGAAACAUUAGAAUGCCUGAGUGGUUUACUAGAAGGAUGCUCUGGCUCACUGGUUUUGAUGGAUCGAGGAGACACUGAACCACUCACACGACACCCUGACUUCCGUCUAUUUGCCUGCAUGAAUCCAGCUACUGAUGUGGGGAAAAAAAACCUGCCCCAGGGAAUAAGAAACAGGCUGACUGAACUUUAUGUGGAAGAAUUGGAGAGUAAAGAAGAUUUACAAAUUCUUAUUGUGGAUUAUCUGAAAGGAUUGAAUGUAAACAAAAACAUUGUUCAAGGAAUUAUCAAUUUCUACAUAGCUGUGCGAAAGGAGUCUAUGAACAAAUUGGUGGAUGGAACAGGCCAUAGACCUCAUUACAGCCUUCGAACCCUCUGCAGGGCCCUGAGAUUUGCAGCUUCCAAUCCUUGUCACAACAUCCAGCGUUCCCUCUAUGAGGGCUUUUGCUUGGGUUUCCUUACACAACUUGACAGGGCAUCUCACCCUUUAGUUCAGAAACUCAUUUGCCAACAUGUCAUAUCCAGCAACAUCAAAACUCUCCUAAAACAGCCCAUUCCAGAACCCAAGGGUGGUCGGCUUAUCCAGAUUGAAGGAUACUGGAUUUCGGUGGGAGAUAAAGAGCCCACAAUAGAUGAAACAUACAUACUUACUCCUUCUGUUAAACUUAACUUGAGAGAUAUCGUCAGAGUCGUCUCUGCAGGAACCUACCCAGUGCUGAUUCAGGGAGAAACGUCUGUGGGUAAAACUAGCCUAAUUCGCUGGCUGGCUGCAGCUAGUGGGAAUCACUGUGUACGGAUUAACAACCAUGAACAUACUGAUAUUCAAGAGUAUAUUGGUUGCUACACAUCAGAUGCCUCGGGGAAGCUGGUAUUUAAAGAAGGUGUUCUUAUUGAUGCCAUGAGAAAAGGCUAUUGGAUUAUUUUAGAUGAAUUGAAUUUGGCUCCUACAGAUGUGCUGGAGGCAUUGAACAGGCUUCUGGAUGAUAACCGGGAAUUGCACAUAACAGAGACUCAAGAGGUUGUUAAAGCACAUCCUCGCUUCAUCCUUUUUGCGACCCAAAACCCCCCUGGCCUCUAUGGGGGCCGAAAGGUGCUCUCCCGAGCCUUCCGAAAUCGUUUUGUGGAGUUGCAUUUUGAUGAGUUGCCUAGUACUGAGCUGGAAACAAUAUUGCAUAAACGCUGCAGUUUGCCACCUUCAUAUUGCAAUAAAUUGGUUAAAGUCAUGCAGGACCUACAGUCCUAUCGUAGAGGUUCUUCUCUGUUUGCUGGAAAGCAAGGCUUCAUCACUCUUCGGGAUCUUUUCCGAUGGGCUGAACGGUACAGAUCAGUUGCACAGACAGAGAAGGAGUAUGACUGGCUUCAGCAUUUAGCAAAUGAUGGUUUUAUGCUUUUGGCAGGCCGAGUUAGGAAGCAAGAGGAAGUAAAUGUUAUACAAGAAGUGCUGGGCAAACAUUUCAAAAAGAAGUGUUGUCCUCAAUCCCUUUUUUCAGAAGACAGUGUCCAAAAAUUGUUGGGCAAAUUUUCUGCUCAGUUAUCCACAUUCAAGUCCAAGUUCAGUCACAUAGUGUGGACUGAAGAUAUGCGGAGACUGGCUAUUCUUGCAGGAAGGGCAUUAGAGUUUGGAGAACCCAUUCUACUGGUAGGAGAUACUGGGUGUGGGAAAACAACUAUCUGCCAGGUUUUUGCUGCACUGGCAAAUCAGAAAUUAUAUUCAGUCAAUUGCCAUUUGCACAUGGAGACAUCUGAUUUCCUGGGAGGCCUCCGACCAGUCAGACAAAGAUCAAAGGACAAGGAGGAAUUUGACCAUUCGAAACUCUUUGAGUGGCAUGAUGGCCCCCUAGUUUUGGCAAUGAAGGAGGAUGGCUUUUUUCUUUUAGAUGAAAUUUCACUAGCUGAUGAUUCAGUCUUGGAAAGACUUAACAGUGUCCUCGAAGUAGAAAAGACCCUGGUAUUGGCCGAAAAAGGUAGUCCAGAGGAAGACAAGAAAGAAGUAGAACUCCUGACUGCUGGGAAAAAAUUCCGUAUCUUAGCAACCAUGAACCCUGGUGGUGAUUUUGGAAAAAAGGAGCUAUCUCCUGCUUUGCGUAACAGAUUUACUGAGAUAUGGUGCCCUCAAAACAAGAGCCGCAAAGAUUUAAUUCAGAUAGUCAAGCGCAAUGUUCAUCCAGGUUUAUCUCUGGGUAAAAUAAACUGUCAAGGGACGGACAUAGCUGAGCUCAUGAUGGACUUCAUAGAUUGGCUCACCAGUCAGGAGUUUGGCCGAAGAUGUGUUGUCAGCAUCAGAGAUAUCCUGUCCUGGGUCAAUUUCAUGAAUGUUACUAGGGCAGAAAAUGCUUCGAAGGAGGGAGAAGAGGCCAUUUCUACUGUGACAUCUUUUGUCCAUGCUGCAUGCCUGGUGUACGUGGAUGGAAUAGGUUCAGGUACAACUUCUUGUGGGCUUGAUAUUGCACCUCUGGCUCGCAAAGAAUGUCUACAGUUUCUGACCAAGAAACUUUCUGAGGUAGUCCAACUUACGGACUCUAUGAAGAAUAAGCUGAGGAUUUAUGACAAAACCAAAGAUAAGGAAUUUAUUUGCAUGGACAACUUAUGUGGUAUCCACCCCUUUUUUAUACCAAGGGGAACUGUUUUGCAAAGGCAGGAUGCUUCAGAUUAUGCACUCAAUGCAGGCACUACAGCCAUGAAUGCCCAAAGGCUCUUAAGGGCUGCAAAACUGAAUAAACCCAUUCUCUUGGAGGGCUCUCCUGGGGUGGGCAAAACCAGUUUGGUAUCUGCAAUUGCAAAAGCUUCUGGUAACCACCUUGUGCGAAUCAACCUGUCUGAACAAACGGACAUCACAGACCUGUUUGGAGCAAAUUUACCUGUUGAAGGGGGAAAAGGAGGAGAAUUUUCAUGGCGUGAUGGCCCCUUACUGGCAGCACUGAAGGCAGGUCAUUGGAUCGUGUUAGAUGAGUUAAACCUGGCUUCUCAGUCAGUAUUAGAAGGACUGAAUGCCUGUUUUGAUCAUCGAGCAGAAGUUUACAUUCCCGAAAUAGGUAUGAACUUUAAAGUUCAGCACAAGAAGACGAAGAUCUUUGGCUGUCAGAAUCCAUAUCGACAAGGAGGGGGAAGGAAGGGUUUGCCUCGGUCCUUCCUUAAUAGGUUCACUCAGGUCUAUGUGGACCCACUUUCAGCCUCUGACAUGGAGUUCAUUGCUAAUACCUUAUUUCCUGCCAUUGAAAAAAGCAUUAUUGCAAAAAUGGUUGCUUUUAACAAGAAAAUUGAUCAAGAAGUGACUUUGGAGAAGAAAUGGGGCCAGAAAGGAGGACCAUGGGAAUUUAACCUACGAGAUCUCUUCCGCUGGUGUCAGUUGAUUCUCGUUGAUCAGUCUCCAGGAGGUUAUGAUCCUAGCCAGCACGUGUAUUUGGUUUAUGGGGAAAGAAUGAGAUCCAGAGAAGACAAAGAGAAGGUCAUUUCUGUAUUCAAGGAGGUUUUUGGUCCCAGCACUGCCCCAUACGUGGGGACAAGACAGUUUCACAUCACUCCUUAUGAACUUCAGGUUGGCUAUUCAGUCCUUUCCCGUGGCAGCUACAUUCCUCAACCAUCCCUGAGACCAUUGUCUCUCUUACACCAGUCCUUGAAAUUCCUUGAGCCUGUCAUGAAGUGUGUACAAAUGAAUUGGAUGGUCAUACUUGUGGGGCCUACUGCUGUUGGGAAGACCAGCUUGGUCCAGCUCUUGGCCCACCUGACAGGCCAUACAUUAAAGAUUAUGGCCAUGAAUAGUUCUAUGGAUACCACUGAACUCUUGGGUGGUUUUGAGCAGGUUGAUAUUAUACGGCCAUGGCGACAGCUGCUCAAAAAGGUGGAGUCUACAGUGAGUGUUCUUCUCAGGGACAGCCUCCUCCUCAAUCCUGAAGAUGCUGAGGUGGUUCUUCGUGCCUGGAGCAAUUUCUUCCUCACCUAUAAGCCCAGGACUCUGGGAGAAGUGGGAAAGAGUAUCACUGUGGAGAUUGUAAACAAGCUAGAAGCAGUAUUACUUCUUGUCCAGCGCCUGAACAAUAAAAUCAACUCCUUCUCCAAGGCAGAAUUUUCCAAACUUGUGGAAGAGUUCCGAAGUUUUAGGUUGAAGCUUAUACAGACUGUAGAUGGUCGUAGUCAUGGAACCUUCGAGUGGGUGGACAGUAUGUUGGUUCAAGCCCUACAAUCUGGAGACUGGCUUCUGAUGGACAAUGUUAACUUCUGCAACCCUUCAGUGCUGGAUCGCUUGAAUGCCCUGCUUGAACCUGGCGGUAUUCUCACUGUUAGUGAGAGAGGAGUGAUUGAUGGAUCUACUCCCACUAUUGCUCCACAUCCCAACUUCAGACUUUUCCUCUCAAUGGAUCCUAUCCAUGGAGAAAUAUCAAGAGCUAUGAGGAACCGAGGGAUUGAAAUUUACAUUCCAGGAGAAAGGAAUGAGGAUAGUCCAGAUCCUCUGGAUCUGAAAUUGCUAUUGCAUAGUAUCGGCUUGGUUGGAGACAAUUUAUGUGACACCCUUAUAGCCAUGCACACAGAAACCAGAGAAGUCAUUGCAGGUUCUCCAACAUCAUCUUUUUCUACCUUUUUUCAUACGGCCACACUCAUUGCCCAGCGUCUCCUACGCGGUUUGAGUGUAGCCAAAGCCUUUUAUGGAGCUUGCUGGGAAGUGUAUGUCUGUGCCCAGCAGUCACCAGCCAACCGACAGCAAAUGUCAAAUCUAUAUCUGAACCGGGAAAAAAGGGUUUUUACUGAAACCAACUUGGUUUCUACUGGAGGCAAGAAAUCAAAGAAUAAUAGUGUAUUAAGAAUGUCCAUAGAAUUCCAGAAAGAUCCAGAAAAUUAUCAGAGCUUGUCUCAUGAAAUUGUGGUUCAUCUUGCUGCUUUCUUUGAAUUUUGUGAUUCAUUGAUACUGUUCUGGGUACAGUCUUCCCAGGUGGAAUUACCAGAUGCUAACUUGGUCAAGAUCUUGCAUUCCAUACUAUGGCGAGAUAGGUUUUGGAAGGCCUCUGAUAUGGUCAAAGUGGAUUCACAAGGCUUGACCCUUCUUUCCCUUCACUGGCAUUGGGUUUCAAAGCACUUGGUUGGUGGGAUUCCCCGGCUAAUGAUUGGUUAUGAGGAGAAAUGUUACAAAGAGGUGCUGUCUGUCUCAGAACACAUUCAGAACUGCCUCGGUAGCCCAAUGGGAGGCUUUCCCAAUGUAAGGAAGGUACAGAAGGCCAUGGGAAGACCAUUUCCUUUCAAGGAUAAGCUGGUGGUGGAAUGUUUUGAACAGUUAAAUGCACUUAGCAAAUCACUUAGCAUCUUGGAAUUAAAACCUGCCCUUGGGGAAGAUGGUAGGAAGGAUGAGAUCAUUCGCUUGAGAGUGGCUGCUGCUGAAUAUUCAUUGAAGAAACAUUUACUUCAGGCCUGGGGACUGAUUCUCCGAGCUAGUCAUUUGGAAGAUGUGAACACAGACACUUUGAAGAACCUUGUAAAUGUACAGUGCUUGCAGCUUAAAACCAAAGGAGUUUCAGUUGGUUGCUCUGAAAAGAAGCAUAUGGAAAAUGUGGUUACAUGCCAGCCUAAGGCAGCCUCCUUGAUUCCCCUUGCCAGGAAGGUUCAGUUGUGGCCAGGUAUGGAGUACUUGGCUGUGCUCUGGCAGUACAAGAUAACAACAGAUUGUUUGGCUCGAGCUUUUCUCGGAAAGGAUAAUAACAACCAGCAAAGAAGUCUAGACCAUGAAACAAGUCACCAUAUUGCAUUUUGUCUCAAGUACACACCAUGCGCAUCUCAGCAACUUAAAAGUCUUUGGUACCUGAUGGACCAUGAGGGAUCUACUGAAGAAAUGACUUCUUUGUGGUCUGACCUUAUUAAUUCUACCUUUACCUCCUUCUGGAGCAGUACUGUGACUACAGAUCCAGAGUACUGGCUAACUUGGAAACCCCUCCUUGAUGUGGAGGGGAAGGAAAUUUCUCAACAUCUGGACCCUUCCUUGAAGGGACCAGGCCUUUUUAAUAAAGCAAUCUUCUCAAAGUGCUUCUUUGAAGUCCUGACUCGAAGCUGUAGGUCAAGUCCCUGGGAUAUUAGUGGCCUUUCUGCCCUCUCAUCUUCCCAUGUCACUCUUGGAGAAUGGGAAGAGAGAGCCCAGCAGCUUAAGGAUAUCAGCACCAUUCUUUGGACUAACAUGGUUGUUUCUACCAUGGCAGAAUUGAGAAGCACAGAUUCUCACCUUCAGUGGGUGAUGCUGUACAGGCCCCUUUUGGCCCUGGCAGAAUUGGUCCCAGCACCCUGGAAGCAGGAGUACAUAAGACAGUGCAACCGACUGCCAUCCAAAGACAGAAUGGCUUUCCACCAUGUGUGCAGGACCUUGGGUGACAUGAUUGGGCAGGAGGUGCUGCCUGAAGAGAUGCUCGGUUUCAUGCUGACUUGUGUGAGGCACCUCUUUGGGGAAGGAGAGAGCAGGAAGGACAUACCUGAGGUGGCUGAGCGAGGGAGCUUGUGGGUGUAUCUUGGCUUGUCACAAGUCCAAGCCUGGCUUCCUCAGACACAAUUUGAUCCUGCAAUAAAAAGGGAAUACAAGCUCAAGUAUGCCAAGGAAGAGUUACAUCAGCUCGAGUGUGAGUGGAAGACUCGUAACCUUUUGUCACAGCUUCAUACAGGAAGAGAUCUUGAAGAUGAAAUUGUUAUCCAAUAUUCUCAUCCCCAUAUUAGAACACUACGCCAAAGGAUACAACAGCUAAAGGAACAAAUAAGCCGCUUGCUGAGAAAACAGGCCUUCAGACCUCAGAUGACCUCUUAUGAAUCAUUGAUUCAGGAUGUUCACCACUAUGUCACCAGCAUUGCUCGUAUGUCUUCAGUCCAGGAUCUGCUCACCCGUCUUCUGCAUAGUUUUCGAGCAGAGUUGUCUAAGUCAUUUCAGGCAAUACAGAACUUACUGAAGGAGGAGGUUGCUUGGCAGCAAUCACAGCACCAGUUUAGGAAACAGUUGAUGGAAGAAUACUCUUUGUUCCCAGAUGCCGUGGCUCCAUUACAGGCUGCCAUUUUGCAGAUGCAGCAUGGCAUGAGACUGGUAGCUUCUGAAGUUUAUGCCACACUCCACAGUGGCUUGGUCUGUCGAGACAAGUUGAAUUCCCUGGUCACUUCAUUGCUAUCUUUUCCUUCUGUGGGGCCUACUUUUCCAACCUAUUUUUCCCAUGCAGACGCUCUAUGCUCUAUAAAGAUGAUUGAAGUACUCCGGGGACUUAAGAAGGUAUCUCUGAAACAUUCUGUUGGGCAUGAAUUAGAAGGCAAGGAUCAGAAGUCCUGUCCAUCCCAAGAACAGCUCUUGAUGAAUGCUUUGCUUUACCUUCGUUCCCAUGUACUUUGUAAAGGAGAAAUGGACCAGAAAACUUUGAUGCUUUUUAGGCAUAUCUGUCAGGAAAUCAUAAAUGAAUGGGAUGAACAAGAACGCUGUGCCCAAAUAAAGGCUGAGCAGGAAAACAGCUUGUAUAGAUACAAGAACAAGAACCAUGGAACAGGACUGAGUGAGGAGGAGGAAGAAGAAAGGGAAUUCAGGAAACAAUUUCCACUCCAUGAAAAGGACUUUGCAGAUAUUAUAGCUCAACCAACUCUAGAGGAGAAGAUGGAAACUGAAGAUGAGUCAGCAAAGGGAACAGACAAGGAUGUAAUCUUCAUCUCCCAGAGCUCAAUGCAGGCUGUAAUGCUGGUCCAUCAGCAGUUGUGCCUAAACUUUGCACGAUCCCUCUGGUACCAACAGGACUUACCAUCACACCAGCCUAAGCAUUACUUCAGCUUGUUUCUGGCCUGCUAUCAGACUGGUGCAUCUCUCGUGACACACUUUUAUCCUUGGAUGGGUUCUGAAGUGAAUGACAGGCUCCUGGGCAGCCAGCUCUUGGGCAGUACUCUCUUCUACAACACUCUCUUUGAUGAGGGAACCUCAGACUUGGCUUUGAAACCUGAUGGACCAUAUGACUUUUAUCAGCAUCCCAACAUAAAGGAAGUCAGACAGUGCCAGCCUGUGCUGUAUGACUUUACCGAGGAAGUAAAUCGACUUCUGAAGGACUGGCCAGAGCACCCAGCCCUCAUGCAACUUAUGGUUGUGAUGGACAGAAUCCGAAGCUUUCCACUCUCUAGUCCUCUUUCAAAGUUUCUAAAUGGCUUAGAGAUCCUUUUGGCAAAGUCCCAGGAUUGGGAAGAGAAUGCCAGCCGAACUCUGUCUUUACGUAAACAUCUUGAUCUGGUCAGUCAUCUAAUCAUCCAGUGGCGCAAAUUAGAGCUUAACUGCUGGUCCACAAGUCUAGAUAAUACCAUGAAACGACACAUGGAAAAAUCCACCAAACACUGGUUUUCUAUCUAUCAGAUGCUUGAGAAACAUAUGCAAGAGCAAACAGAAGGGAAGGAAGAAUGUGAUAGGAAAAUGGCACUGACAAUGUUGGUCAGCACUUUACAAGCUUUCAUUGAAGGAGCCUCCCUGGGAGAAUUCCACGUACGACUUCAGAUGUUGCUAGUUUUCCAUUGUCAUGUCUUGUUGAUGCCACAGGUAGAAGGAAAAGAUUCACUGUGCAGUGUUCUUUGGAAUUUGUACCAUUAUUAUAAGCAGUUCUCAGGUAGAGUCCAGGCCCGAAUUGAGGAACUUCGAUCCCCACUAGAAAAAGAGCUAAAGGAAUUUGUUAAGAUCUCCAAGUGGAAUGAUGUUAGCUUCUGGGCUAUAAAACAGUCUGUGGAAAAGACACACAGGACCCUCUUUAAGUUCAUGAAGAAAUUUGAAGCUGUCUUGAGUGAACCCUGCAGGCCUUCCUUGGUGGAAAGUACCCAGGAAGGGCAACUAGAUUGUCUACAGAAGCAACCAGUAGCAGAUGGGGAGAAAACUCCAAUUCAAAGUCUGAACAGCAUUCUGGUGCAAACUCUUUUAGCUAGAUCAGGCAGCACCCAGACUCUGCUUCCAGAAUCCUGCCGCGAUAUCAUUCCUUUCCCCUUGGAGGGCUUGCUGCAGGGCCGUUUGCUAAAGCUCACCAAACGAAUGAAGAAUAUAUGCAUUAAAAUCAUGAAGCAAAGUCCAUUGCCUGACCUUGUGGAGAACCUUGAUCAUUUUACAGGAGAUAUUAUUUCCUCAGUACAUGAACUACAGAGCUUAGCUGUGGACCCCAACACAGAUAAGGAGAAGCAGAAAUCAGAAGUCAAACACAUUCUUUUGCAGAAGCAGCGGGCUCUAUCAGAGCUUUUCAAGUAUCUCAUCAAAAUUGGCUUGUCUUAUCGCAAAGGCCUUACUUGGGUUCGUUCCAAUGACCUUCAAAAUAUCCUUCAUCUACACCCAUUAGAUCUUCACAGUGCACUGUCUAUUGUUGGCAACACCCAGGGAUUGGAUACAAGGCUGCUUGCAGAAAUCUCUUCCUCCUGGGAUGGGUGUCAGAAAUAUUUCUAUCGAUCACUUGCUCGUCACUUAAGACUUCAAGCAGAAUUUUUGGCUCCUUCCAAGGAAAUUGGAGUGAGUAUCAUUGAUAGAUGUAAAGGAUUCUCAGCACACCUAAUGAAAACACUUAUCCACCAGAGGAGUUCACUGACCGCCCUGACAGAACAGUGGAUUAUUCUCAGGAACCUUCUCAGUUGUGUUCAGGAAAUUCAUUCCAGGCUUCCUGGGUCUCAUGGCUAUCUUGUAGCCUUCCCACCUCAAGAUGGUGUUCAGCAGUGGACUGAAAAACUACAGCAUUUGUCCAUGCAAAGCAUGAUAGUGUUGGAACAGCUUUCCUGGUUUCUUCAGUGCUGUCCAAAGGAACAGUCUCUAAGCAGUAUUGAUGACAAGAGCAGAGGAGAUGGACUUUCUACUCCCCACUCUGGGAAAACUUCUUCAGAAGUAACUGAACCCACUCUGGGAGAGGCGUCUGGGGCAAUGCCUAAUACGAUCCCACUAGAACUGAGCUACCCAUCUCCAGUGUUUGGAGAUUACCUGCCUCCUGGGUGUCGAAUGCGGAAAUCAGACCAGUUAUGGCACAAUUCAGUGAUGAAAGUAACUGAGAUGCUAACAACCAUGAAAGCUGUGAAAGCUGAAGUGGACAAAAUCAGACAGCAGGCUUGUGAAACUCUCUUUCAUUCUUGGAAACAUUUUGAAGUGUGCUCUUCUGGAUUGAAUUGCAUGUCCAAAGUCUCCACUCAGUUGCAGGACCUAGAGUCCUUGUUCAUUCUUCCAGGGACAGAGGCUAAGCAAACUGAACAGCAAAUCACAUUAGUCAAGAGUUUGGAAUAUAUUAGAGAAGAAAUCAAUAAAGCCGUGGUUGACUUCACUGCCUGGAAAACACAUCUUAUUUCAUCCAAACAGGAAGGCAACCCUAUAUCAGAUGAAGGAUUUGUGGAGGAUUUCUCAGCACAAAUGGAAAUUGCUAUCCAGGCAAUCCUCUUUGCCACUCAGAAUUUAGUAGAGAGAAGUAAUCAAAAGGUACAAGAUGGCAAAGAACAAGCAACCCAGCAAGAGGAGAAAACCUCAAUGGAGAGACUACAGCCUGGGCUUCUGACAAAACUCCUGGAAGAUGACUUCUGGGCUGAUGUUAGCUCUCUACAUGUGCAAAAAAUAAUAUCAACCAUUUCUGAGCUCUUAGAGAGGCUAAAGUCUUAUGGUGAGGACUGCAUAGCAGAGAAGCACAAAUUCUUCAAUCAGGCCUGUUCCUUGCUGGUGCGCCUCAUGCCCAUGCUUUCCAGGUAUUCAGAUCUCAUCCUAUUUCACCUAACAGUGUCCUUGGCAACUCACCGCAGCACUGGGAAAUUGCUCACUGUGAUUACUCAUGUCUUCUCUGAACUUGGUCAGAAGGGAUUUUGCCUCCCCAAAGAAUUGAUGGAAGAGUCUGCAGGAGAGGGAGCAUCAGAGUUCCAUGAUUAUGAAGGUGGUGGGAUCGGAGAGGGUGAAGGCUUGAAGGAUGUGAGUGACCAAAUAGAAAAUGAAGAACAGGUAGAGGACAGUCAUCAAAAGGGUCAAGAAAAAGAGAAAGAGGACCCAGACUCAAAACCUGAUAUUAAAGGAGAAGAUAAUGCCAUUGAAAUGUCAGAGGACUUUGAUGGGAAAAUGCAUGAUGGAGAACUUGAAAAACAAGAAGAGGAUGAUGAGAAAUCCAAUAAUGAAAAUGAAGAAUUGGAUAAACAGAUGGGAGAUCUCAAUGGAGAGCAAGCUGAGAAACUAGAUGAAAGACUCUGGGGGGAUGAUGAGGAGGAGGAAGAAGAAGAUGAAGAUGAUAGUAAGGCAGAAGAAACUGGACCAGGAAUGGAUGAGGAGGACUCUGAACUUGUUGCAAAGGAUGACAACAUGGAUGCAAGCAAUCAGAACAAAGAUCAAAAACAGCGAAACAAACGGGAAGAAGAAGGAGAGGGAAAGGCAGAUGAUGAUGGACAAGGCAAAGAGAAAAUUCAUGAGCAAAUAGAUGAGAGGGAAUAUGAUGAAAAUGAAGUGGAUCCUUAUUAUGGCAACCAAGAAAAACAGCCUGAAGCAGAGCCCCUGGACCUUCCUGAUGACCUGAACCUUGAUGGUGCAGAAAAGAGUGAUGAAGAAGAUAAAGAUGAAGAAGGAGAAGCCAAUCCUCUUGAAAUAGAUGAGAAGCCAGUGGACCCAGAAGAAGCUGGUUGUGGAACUGAGGGAAAAGAUCAAGAAGCUAUUCCUGACCAAAGCAAGGAAGAUCAGGAUGAAGGUCUGCCUGAAGAAGGCACAUCUGAAGAUAAGAUGGAGGAGGAAAAACAGGCUGAAGCAGGAACUGAUGACCAAGAGAAAGAUAGUGUUGAAAACUCUGAGGAAAAUGCAGCUGAGGAAGAGGAAGAGAACAAAGAUACCAGCAAGGAAGCCAGUGAGGAGAAUCGAGUUCCCACUCACCAAGGUCUCCAGCCUCAGGAAGAAGAAAGGGAGAUUCCAGAAGGAGAUGAAGAGGUACCCGAAGGCACAGAGAGGAGGGAACAUGAAUCAACUGGGCAGACAGGAGAGGAAAGCCUACAGAGUGAAAUUGCCCUUGAGCAAGCUGGUACUGCAUCUGAGAAAGACCAAGCUAAAGAGGAACAUGGAAGUGGUACUGCAGAUGCAAGGCAAGCAGAAGGCCAUGAGUCUAAGCUGAUGUCCCGCUUGGCUUCCCAGAAGCAGAGCAAGAGAAACACACAGAGUUUUAAAAGAAAGCCUGGCCACGCUGACAAUGAGCGCUCUAUGGGAGAUCACAGUGAGCAUGUACAUAAGCGGCUAAGAACAGUGGAAUCCACCAGCUCAGCAGAGCAAGAAGCAUCCAAGUCCCAAGCAAACGUGGAGGAAGCUGAUGCAUUUGAACAUAUUAAGCAAGGCAGUGAAUCCUAUGAUGCACAGACCUAUGAUGUAGCCAGCCAGGAACAGCAGCAGUCUGCUCAGCCCCUCAGCAGUGAGCAGGAAGAGAACUCGGAAGAUGCCUCUAUGGAAAUAGAUGAACAAGAGGAUCUCAGAACAGUAGAUACACAGGAGUUGAAGCCAGAGGAAGUCAAAUGUGGUGCCUCAACAACCCAAGGCAAUGAUGAAACUGACAUGGAUACCCAGCCAACCAAGUUAGAAGAAGAUCAAGAUCAGAGAUCAGACAGAUCACCUACCAAGAUGGAGAAUGAAAAGCAAGAGAGAAGCAGGGAGUCAAUCAUCCAUACAGCAUCUGAGUACUUCACAGACUCGACUUUCCAGUACAUUGAGAAAGAUGUUGGGGAACUAAGACAGGAGCUGGAAAGACAGCUUGAAACCUGGCAAAAUCAAGAGCCUGGAUGCCCAGAUGAAGAGAAGGCAGCAGCUGAGAUGUGGCAGCAGUACCUUGUCCUGACUUCCCCUCUCUCACAACAGCUCUGUGAGCAACUUCGACUCAUCCUAGAGCCUACCCAAGCAGCCAAGCUAAAAGGAGACUAUCGAACAGGAAAACGACUGAAUAUGCGGAAGGUUAUUCCUUACAUUGCUAGUCAGUUUCGGAAGGACAAAAUUUGGCUUCGAAGGACCAAGCCCAGUAAACGUCAAUAUCAGAUUUGUUUGGCCAUUGAUGACUCCUCUAGCAUGAUAGACAACCACACCAAACAGCUUGCAUAUGAGUCAUUGGCUGUCAUUGGAAAUGCUCUGGCCCUUUUGGAAGUAGGUCAGAUUGCUGUAUACAGCUUUGGGGAAACUGUUCAGCUCCUGCAUCCAUUCCAUGAACAGUUUAAUGAUCAGUCAGGAACCCGAAUAUUACAGUUCUGCAAAUUCCAGCAAAAGAAAACUAAGAUUGCUCAGUUUCUAGAAUCAUCAGCAAGCAUGUUUGCUGCUGCACAGCAGCUCUCUCAGAACAUCAGUUCAGAAACAGCACAGUUGCUUCUCAUAGUCUCUGAUGGCCGAGGCCUUUUCUUGGAGGGUAAAGACCGAGUUACAGCUGCAGUCCAGACUGCCCGCAAUGCAAACAUAUUUGUCAUCUUCGUCAUAUUGGAUAAUCCCAAUUCUCGGGAUUCCAUCUUGGACAUUAAAGUUCCAGUAUUCAAAGGACCAGGAGAACUGCCGGAAAUUCACUCUUACAUAGAGGAGUUCCCUUUCCCCUUCUAUCUAAUCCUUCGAGAUGUGAAUGCACUUCCUGAGACACUUGGUGAUGCUCUCAGGCAGUGGUUUGAGCUGGUGACAGCCUCUGAUGGCCCCUAAAACUUGACAGCAGAGCCUGAAACUGGCUCUUUAUCUGUAGCAUGGUUAGAACAGUAUUUAUUAUCACCAAAUGCUCCCAGUUGGACAGCUCUUUCUAAAGUUGAGGUUUCAGAUGUGAUAUUUUUGGAUCCUUGUUCUUAGGUGAGCCCAGUGCUUAUUUACAAGAUGUCACAAUUUUGUCUACAAUAAUGAAAAUAGUAUUUACAUUUUAAUUUUAUAAGAUUCAUAAGAAUUUAAGGGCCUCUUCCUGAGAUUGGGACACUUCUAAGCUUAGGGAAAAAAUGUAGGGAGAGCAUUGGUGGAAACAUUGUUUUCCGCAUAACCUCACCUGUGAAUUCAUUGGGGAAUUCCACCAUCUUCAUACUCUCGCCCCAGAAUCAUUAUUACCCAAGGGGCAAUCACAUCUUUGACCUUAUGUCCCCAAACUCUUGGACCAUAUGUUCUCUCAAGCAUCCCCACUCUUUUCAGCUUAGAACAACAAGCUUGGAAGAUUUUCUGGGUAAGGGGUACUGGCAGCAGCUUUGGAGAGCAGCUGUCAAGGAUGUAAGAGUGUAGACAGGAGAGCUAAUCAGCUUCUCCUCAAUAGCAGGAAGAAGAGUGGCUGCCCUUUCCACCUUUUCCUUGUUGCAGCUUUGCCUUAAUAAGUCUGCAUCAAUCAGUCACCAAUCCUAAGUGACUAAGACAACUGAUUAGGCUGGUGGGUUUUGAGUAUAAGAGACUCAAGGAUUAGUGUGAAGGGAAUGAACUGUCCUAGAAGGGAGAUGCCAUGUGCUUUCUGUGUCCUUGUAUCCUAUCUAAGCACUGUGGAUUCUAGUUAACUUUUCACAGCAGUUUUUAGGCUUUGUGGAAAUGGGUUUUUGUGUCCCGUCUUUGCUGCUCCCUCCCAUUUGCUACUGUAAGUGACUAUGCAAUGAUGUAAAGGUUAUUUUUGCUUGUUGCUUUAUUUUUUCCAGUAUCUCAGUGCCACUGUUUAUCUUCAUUGUUGUAGUAAUUUAUUUCUUUAGCUGAUAUUUUUCUUAACUGUUAGAUGUGAUAGGAAAAGCAGUUCCUCAUACUACUUUUGAGCAGUGGGAAAUGAGGCUUAUUUCUAAGAAGGAAAUGCUAUGUUUGGGAAAUAUUGAGCAGCUGAAUUUAUUUUUGCAGUCAAAACAUGUUCAUGGUUCUUGGGAGGGUUUCUAUUCAGCCAAAAAACAGUACUUGAAUACUUGAAGCUGUGUUCUUUGUUCUAUUUAAUUAAUAACAAUUUUUAAAUGUUGCUGGUGUCUGAUGUCAGAAAGAUAUUUUGUAGUAAACAUGCCAUGAUAUGAAUAUCCCACUAUAUGUAUUUGACACUGUGAAGUUUGCCACUUGUCUGAGGUGGUCAUUAAAGACAAAUUAUUUGUUGUUUAACCAAGUGUCCUAAAGCAUGUACAUGAUUUU